GGGAUUUGACUGGUUUCACUUGUAAGCAUGAUUUCAAAAUGCCCAUGAAAAGAAAAGAAAGAAAAAAAAAAUUAUAUUUUUCAACACCGCUUUUUUUUUCUUUUCGUUCUUUCUUUCUUUCUUUCUUUCUUGUUCUUCUUUACUCUAUAGUCAUCAACAAUCUUAUUAAAAACAAGCUAUCUUAUUACCAUGUCCAAACAUACUAUUGAAGCCAACCCAGUUGGUCCUAUUAAUGGUUCUCCUGAACAAAACGCCUAUAUGGAAGAACUUGAACGUCAACUUACUGUGGACACGGAAAAACUAAUUGAUAUCAAGAACCAUUUUAUUACCGAGAUGAUCAAAGGUCUCAAUAAACCAAACCAUACUUUAGCUAUGAUUCCUUCUUAUGUUGAAGGUCGUUUAACUGGUGAAGAAAAAGGACAUUAUCUUGCUUUAGAUCUUGGUGGUACUAAUCUACGGGUUGUAUUGGUUACUUUGGAAGGUCAAGGCAAAUUCAAAACUAUUUCUACAAAAGCUAGAGUAUCCGAUGAACUCAAGUCGGGUCCCAUGCGAAACUUAUGUGAUUAUAUUGCUGAUUGUAUUGAUACUUUCUUGACUGAACAAAAUUUGGGAAAUGUGGAUGAAGAUUUGGCUUUGGGUUUCACUUUUUCUUUUCCUGUACUUCAAUCAAAGAUCAAUCGUGGUAUUCUGACAACUUGGACAAAAGGUUUCAAUUGCUCUGGUGCAGUAGGCAAAGAUCCUGUAUUAUUACUUCAAGAUGCUCUACUUCGAAAACACGUCCCUGUCAAGAUCACAGCCUUAGUGAAUGACACUGUUGGUACAUUAUUAUCCAAUGCUUAUCAAAAACCAAAUACAUUAGCAGGACUUAUUCUAGGCACAGGUUCUAAUGGUGCUUAUAUUGAAAAGAUGUCCAACAUUGGAAAAUGGGAAAAGGAGAAUACAACGGCUCAUGAAAUGGUGAUCAACAUGGAACUAGGUGCUUUUGACAAUGAACGUACGAUUUUACCACUUACUCGAUUUGACAACAAAUUGGAUCGGAAAUCAAUCAAUCCACAUUCUCAAAUCUUUGAAAAACUCAUCAGCGGCAUGUAUUUGGGCGAAAUUGUACGCAAUGUGAUCACUGAUAUGAUGGACAGAAAUUUACUGUUUACUCAACCUGGACAAAGCACAGAAGCUAUUUCAGCACAUUACCAAUUUGAAACAUCUUUCAUGUCUAGUAUUGAAGCAGAUGGAUCCAAAGAUUUAUCAACUGUUCGUGAAGUCCUGGACACUAAUCUCAACCUGACCAAUGUGACUGAUGUGGAAUUACGUAUUGUCAAGCGAAUUUGUGAACUAGUGGGAACUCGUGCUGCUCGAUUAGCUGGUGCUGCCAUUGCCUCUAUUGCUAUUCAUACAAAAGUGGAUCGUCAAGGUGCUGACUUUGGUAUUGAUGGCUCUCUCUAUGAAUUCUAUCCUUCCUUUGAAUCUCGUAUGUAUACUGCUUUGGCUGAAUUGAUGCCUGAUUAUGCUGAUGAUAUUCGCAAUAUCAUUCGUCUUGGUUUGGCCCGUGAUGGUAGUGGUGUGGGUGCUGCUUUAACCGCCUGUGUAGCUGACAGGAUGUUCAAGACUGUAUAAUCUUCCUUGGUUAUUCUUUUUUGAUUAGUUUUUUUUUUUUUUUUUUAAGC